UCAUGACUUCCAUAACCAAAAACAUGGCAAUUACAUGAAAAUAUAUCAAAGUCUAGAAUGCAAAGAAAAUUCAAAACCUUCUUCACACGGCACUGAAGAUUAAAAAAAAUCAGUGGAUAUAGUUCAUCUUCCUGGUCUUUCUUUGAUGAUUAUAACUUAACAGUCACAGUCUCUCUCCUACCCAUCUCAUAUUUUUCUAUUAAAUUAAGCCCAAAUUUUUCUUUUUCAUUACAAGAAUCUAUGGCUUCUUCUUCUUUGAUGAUCCCUCUACUUUGUCUUACAACACUUCUGUUUUCUCUUAUUAAUCAAGCUCAAUCUGAAGCGUUCAUUUUCAAUAAUUUUACUGGAACUGAAGAUACUGUUCUUCUUGAUAGAGCUUCUAUUUUGAAGAACAAUGGUGCUCUCAGGCUCACUAAUACAUCACAAAACGCUAUCGGACAUGCUUUUUUUCAUAAACCUAUACAGAUGUUCAACAGAACAAAGCAAAAUAUUACUACUUCUUUUAACACAACUUUUGUUUUUUCGAUUGUCCCUCCAAAAGGAGACCAAUCAGCCGGCGGCUACGGUCUGGCCUUCGUGUUGGCUCCCACCUCCACGAUUCCCGGAGCUGAGGGGGGGCAGUAUCUGGGCCUUUUUAAUAGAGAGAAUAAUGGUCAGUCCUCAAAUCAUAUUUUUGCUGUGGAAUUCGACACGGUUACAGGAUUCAAUGAAAACGCGAGCAGUAGCGGUAACCACGUUGGUAUUAAUAUCAACAAUAUGGAUUCGAAUACGUCGAAGGCGGCGGCUUACACCAGCGCCACCGACAUGUUGGACGAAGACGGACUUGACUUGCACAACGGCCAGCCGAUUCAGGCGUGGGUGGAAUACGACGGCGUUAACAAAGUUGUGAACGUAACCAUUUGUCCGAUGAAGAAACCGAAACCGAUCAAACCGCUUAUUACAUAUAAUCUGGAUCUAUCCAACAUCGUUUUGGAGUCUACUUAUGUUGGUUUCUCCGCCUCCACAGGGGUAACCGCGAGCGCUCAUUAUAUUCUUGGAUGGAGUUUUUCAACGACCGGAGCAGCUCCGGCGCUGAAUCUUGAUCAGCUUCCUAUGCCGCCACCGGAGGAAGGCUCGUCGACUUUUCCUCACACAGUUGUUGCCCUAAUCGUCUCUUUAAGCGUUACGGCUAUUCUUUUGAUCGGAAUACUUCUGUUUCUAACUUUUUAUAAAGGAAUGUGGCGGUCGGAGGUUCUUGAAGAUUGGGAGCUAGACUGUCCUCACCGGUUUCGCUUCAAGGAUCUUUACACGGCGACAAAAGGUUUUAAAGAGAGUGAGAUUAUCGGAGCCGGAGGGUUUGGUACAGUUUACAAAGCUGUAAACCCUAGUAAUGGAAAUGAAGUUGCUGUGAAGAAGAUAACUCGUAACUCAGUCGCGGGAAUGAGAGAAUUCGCGGCGGAGAUCGAAAGUCUUGGCCGAUUAAGGCACAAACACUUGGUGAAUCUGCAAGGUUGGUGUAAGAGAAAAACUGAUCUUCUUUUAGUAUAUGAUUAUAUACCAAAUGGAAGCCUGGAUACGCUCUUGUUCAACCCGAAAAACGGCAUCGUACUAAGCUGGGAACAAAGAUUCGCCAUUGUUAAAGGCAUAGCUUCGGGUCUUCUAUAUCUUCACGAAGAAUGGGAGCAAGUGGUGAUUCAUAGAGACAUCAAAUCAAGCAAUGUCCUAAUAGAUUCCGAAAUGAACGGACGAUUAGGCGAUUUCGGUCUCGCGAGAUUAUACGACCACGGCGUAAAUUCACACACCACGAAUAUUGUAGGCACAAUCGGGUACAUUGCGCCGGAGCUUGCGAGAACCGGAAAAGCUUCGACAAGCUCCGACGUGUUCGCCUACGGAGUUCUUCUACUCGAAACAGCUACCGGCCGCCGACCGUUGGAGUCGAGCAAUUUCAUAUUGGUUGAUUGGGUGAUGGAAUGCCAGCAAAUAGGUAGCAUUGUUGAUGCAAUUGAUCCGAAGUUGAAUUCAAAAUACGAGGUUAAAGAAAUGGAAUUGGUAUUACAAUUAGGGCUUAUUUGUUCUCAUAAGAAACCAAAUUUUAGACCUAGCAUGAGACAAGUUACGAGGUAUCUUAAUGGAGAUGAGAAGCUUCCAGUAAUACAAGAUUGGGGUUCAUUUGAUUCUCAUCGUUUAAGUCAAAUAAGUUCAAGAUUGAUGCAACUGAGUUCAUGUGAAAUGACUAGUACUAUUGAAUAUCAUUCAUCUUCUGUUACUUAUAUGUCUACGGGUUCUUUAGAUGCAGGGAGAUAGAAUAUUAGUUCAUGUUCUUGAUCUUAUAAUGUUUUUAUAUUUUUAUAGGUUAAAUAUUAAUUUAGGAAUUACUUUCACGUUCAAUUCAUUGGGAACAGUCUCUUAACACAGAGUUCUGACUUGUAAUAAUUCUUCAAGAUUAAUAAUCUAAUAAACUCAUUUUUGACUUU